GUGACAGGUCAUCUAAUGCUGGCGGUGUGCACAGCUGUGAUUGGCUCUCUCCAGUUUGGGUACAACACUGGUGUAAUAAACGCUCCUCAAAAUAUCAUUGAGAGCUUCUACAAUGAGACGUGGACCAUCCGGUUUUCAGAGCCUAUCUCUCAGAGCACUCUAAUGACAUUGUGGUCCCUCUCUGUGGCCAUCUUCUCUGUUGGAGGAAUGUUUGGCUCCUUCUCUGUUGGGCUCUUUGUUAACCGCUUUGGCAGGAGGAACUCCAUGCUCAUGGCCAACGUGCUGGCUUUUAUUGCAGCAGCAUUUAUGGGCCUGUCCAAGCUGGCUACUUCCUUCGAAAUGCUCAUCAUCGGGCGUUUAAUUGUGGGUGUGUACUGUGGCCUGUCCACUGGUUUUGUGCCCAUGUAUGUGCAGGAAGUGUCGCCCACCUCUCUCCGUGGAGCAUUAGGGACACUACAUCAGCUUGGUGUUGUUAUAGGCAUCCUCAUGGCACAGGUGAGUUUUGGGAUUGAGCCCAUCAUGGGGAAUCGCUUGCUGUGGCCCCUCCUGCUGGGUUUUACUUGCCUUCUAGCUGGUCUGCAAUGUGUCCUGCUGCCCUUUUGCCCCGAAAGCCCCAGAUAUCUGCUCAUCAACUGCAACAUGGAAAGCAAAGCGUUCAGUGUCCUAACGAAGCUGCGAGGCACUGAAGAGGUGAGCACUGAUCUGCAGGAAAUGAAGGAGGAGAGCCAGCAGAUGAUGAGGGAGAAGAAGGUGACCAUUGCCGAGCUGUUCCGCUCCCCUUUCUACCGGCAGGCCAUCUUUGUGUCCGUCAUGCUGCAGCUGUCACAGCAGCUGUCAGGGAUCAAUGCUGUGUUUUACUACUCAACGGGGAUCUUUCAGCGAGCAGGUGUGAACCAGCCCGUCUAUGCAACGAUUGGUGCAGGACUAGUCAACACUGCCUUCACUGUGGUUUCUUUGUUUUUAGUAGAAUGCAUGGGCAGGAGAUCCCUCCAACUCAUUGGUCUCAUGGGGAUGGCUGUUUCUGCCGUUUUCUUAACUGUGGCUAUGGCAUUUCUGGACCAGCUCAAGUGGAUGUCCUAUAUCAGUAUUGUGGCCAUCUUCAGCUUUGUGGCCUUCUUUGAAAUUGGCCCUGGCCCCAUUCCCUGGUUCAUUGUGGCAGAGUUCUUCAGCCAAGGGCCUCGACCUGCAGCAGUUGCAGUUGCUGGUUUCACCAAUUGGUCUGCAAACUUCUUCGUGGGCAUGAGCUUCCAGUAUGUUGAGCAACUGUGUGGCCCUUAUGUCUUCAUCAUCUUCACGAUCUUCCUGCUGGGAUUCUUCAUCUUCACCUACUACAAGGUGCCAGAGACAAAAGGGCGCACCUUUGAGGAGAUUGCAGAAGAAUUCCGCCUGUCAGCAAAUCGGGGCUCUGACAAAUACUCAGCCCGAGAGGAGUUCAGUGCAAUCAGGGGGGAUGAACCCACCCUUUAAAAAUUACCAUAUGUCAUGCACACACUUGUAUGCAGCUC